AUGUCCGACAAAGAAGUCUGGGAGCCCUUGGCCAUGGUGGACUAUAUCAUGCUGGGGUUCGUGGGGACAGUCCAAACCUUUGCCCUGGGCGUUUGCAUCCACCUACUGAGCUGGCGGCAUUGGCCCCCGUACGUGACCAAGAACGUCGACAUCGUCAUCGUCAUGGUGGGUGGGCAGCGAUCUGUAGACAUCUUAGGCAAAGCUGUGACUGUUCUCAAAGGUCGAACAGCUGAUUCGCAUUCGUUCGGGAGGCAGACUGCCCACAAGGUCGAAAAAGUCAACAUUUGUCCAAAGAAAGGAAGAUCAAGAUUUGUUUGCCACAAACAGAGGUCUUACAUCCCUUUCCGUCUACUUCUCGGCCCCUUUGCGCCCUUCCCUCUGCCCUCUUCGAACCCCCCUCGGCUUCCCCCCCCUCUUGCGCUUUUCGUGCUUCUCCCGUCGUCGAUCCCGCUGGCUGCAUUCCUCCAGACGUUUGCUGGAUUCGCGUGGACAAUUGCGGGCGCCCUGGAGAACGGUUUAAUUCGGAGGAGCGAGGGCGACCUUCUUGCCAAGUGCUACCUCGAGAGAUUCCUGGCGUGGUCGGCGCUGUGCACCCACAUCUUCGCGUUUUUCAUCCGGGUGUACCGCAUGUGGAGGAUUUUAGUCAAGCACGACGAUAGCAUGUGGCCCGCAAAAUUUCUCUCUGUCACGUUUGCGUUGGACAAGGUCGACUUGUCCCGCUCUACCUCGCCCGUAUUGACAACACCUGUCAGGUACCAGAUCAUGUUGCUUUCAAGCAUUAGCCUGGUUCCGCCGCUGGUUGCCCUGCUUGUUCCCGGUGCCUACGUCUUUGACGAGACUGUCAACUCGUGCAACACCACGAGCACUUCGAGAAACGUGGUUUUGGCGAUGAACGUCGUGGGGUUCUACACCAUGUGCUAUCUUUGGUUUGUGUGCACUCGUCAGCUCAGAUGGGUCCGGAAGCAGUUCAACGAGUACGAGACAAUGAAGUGGACCCUGUCAUGCCUGACUUUGCUCCUGUUCAGCUAUGUUGUCGUGGUGGUCGUUGUCCUGGACAACCAACAUGUUUACGUCAGAAGAGUGGCCAUCGUGUACCCUGCGCUAACGACGCACGCGGUGUUGUGGGGUUCCAUCGGCGAGCCUGUGAUGAAGAAGUGGACUGGAGACGACGAGUACCUGUGGUCGUUCACCAAGGGCUUCUCGGAGAUGCCUUCGCCGGCACAGUAA